AUGACGAAAACGACGGGCAAACGCGCGCGAGAGAAAGAGCUCCGAUUGAAACGAAUACAAACUUUAAGAGACAUCAGCGAUGGGAAUUUGAGACAUUCGUUUAAAAACGAUGACGACGAUCACGACGACGAGGAUUCGAGAAACAUCUUCUCGGAGCAGUUUUGGAAUCACAUCGGACGCGAAUUUCAUCUCAAAGUGAACGACGGAUUGGAUUCAUUGUUGACGAAAGAAGCGAGAGUGAAAGCAGACGCGCACGCGUUCGGCAUCGAACAAGAAACAUUCGUGCAAGAACUCAUGCAGGAACAUUCAAGACGGGUUAAAGAGGACGGGUACACGAGAGUAUCAAUCGCGGAAACCGCGAAAGAGAAUGAACUUUUCAGUUCGAAACGAGAGUACGAAAGGAAAAGUGGAUUUCAACGCGAGUGCCAACAUUUAACGGAGAUGAUUGAAUUCUUGGACGAAAAAUGCGGAUUGAAUCCAACGUGGUCGUUAGUGUUCGAUAAUUAUUGGGUCUUAGCGCGCAGAGUGGAGAAAAUCGUGCAAGAAAUCUCGGGGGGGAAAGAGAAUCGAUUGAACUUUGACGCGUUGGUGUGGCGGGUGAGGAACGUAAACGAAGAAGACGAGAAAAGAGGAGAAUCGAACAACACUGCGACGAUGACUGCGUUUACGCCGCACAGAGAUCGGCAGCCAAAAGACACGAGGAAGAGUUUUCGAGAAGACGAGUCGCCGAAGUAUUGCACGAUUUGGAUUCCUCUGACAAACGCGACGUGCGAAAACUCGUGUUUAUAUGUCAUACCGCGGAAGUGCGACGAAGGGUACACGGAAGGCGACGACGAUACGGAUUUAGAAAAGACGCCGUUGGAGAAGUGUUUGAAGGAUAAGAAGGCGUACCAGAACAUAACGGCGUGUCCGGUGGAUGUAGGCGAGGCGGUUGUUUUCACGCACAGAACCAUACACUGGGGGAGCAAACCGAGAGAUAAUUACCAAGGAGAGCCGAGAGUGAACGUGUCGUUUGGCUUUAGCGACGAUUCGUUCGAAAAGGCGUAUUUGAAAAACAGAAACGGCGUGAAAGUGACCGAAGACGCGGAAGACGUGCAAAGCUUACCGACGUUGAAAGAGCGGUUGGUAUUGAUUGCGUCGCAAAUGAUUGCUUAUCACGAACGGUUCCCGCCGAAGAAUUUCAAGGCGUUGAAACUGUUGAAGAAAAUACACGACGCCGGGAAGAGUUUCUUGGACGAGAGGUACCGAGAAAUCAUAGAGACGGAGUAUAUACGAGCGACGAGUAUGUUAGCCGGUCGUCGAAAAAAUGAGAAUGGGGAUGAGGAAGAUGAGGAAGAGGACGACGACGAUGACAACGAAGACGAUGAAUUAGACAACGCUUUAGAUGCCAUGCUCGAUGCCAAAGCGAAAGGUCGCGGUGACGAUUUCGAGGACGAUUACGAGGAAGAAGACGACGACGAAUUCGCGAACGAUCCAAAUCCGGACGAUUGCAGCGACAGCGAUCCAGAACGUCCGUAUGAAGUGACCGAGGAAGAUGUAUUCUUUGGGAAUGCCACGGAAGAAGAAAUUAUUACAGCCAAGAAUAUCCAUCGGAGAAGUAUCGGGAAAGAAGAACUUCCGAUGCCGAAAGAACGAGAGGUGUCGAGAGUAAACGUGAGGGAACACUGGAGCGAAUACCUAAAAAGACCGGAGAAUAAAGAGAAAGUAGACGACGCGAAGAAACUGCUCGGCAUCAAAAGCUAA